CCCACAGCUCAGUGCUCCGGCAUCUCCCUCCAUCUCUGUAGGGAACGUACCAUUUGCAGCCCAUACAGGAGGGAGCUGGUAGGAUGAGUAUAGUGCUUUCUCUGCAGCAGGCUGCCAUCAUUAUUCUGUGUUAUUUCAUUCUCAGAUCAUUCCCACUCUCACAAAGAUACUGUAUGCUAAAUCCAAUUCCUUGGGCUCUGAUUGUUCUUCUCUUCUGUCCAGGAGCCAAAGAAGUGUCAGCUCUGCAGCCAGGCUGCACCCUGGAGGGCACAUCUGAAGACUAUGAGUUGUAUGAAGAUGGAGACAUAAUGAUUGCAGGGGUGCUGGAGAUUCUAAGGAUCUUUUAUAAUAUUCCUGUUUCCUUCUGGAGACCCCCUUCUUUUGCAUCUCUUAAAGAAAAGCUGAUUUCAUUCCGUAAUUAUCGGCACAUGGUUGCCUUUAUUUACGCUAUUCAGGAGAUCAACCAGAGAGAGGACCUUCUACCCAACAUCACUCUUGGUUACAGGAUCUUUGAUUCAGCAAGUAAUGAGCAUGAAGCCAUCUUGAAAACGUUUCUGUUGAUGUCUGGAGGAAGGAUCUUGGCUCCAAAUUAUAUUUGCCAGGAGAAAAGAAUGGUGGCUUUUAUAGGGGACUUGGGCUCUGCCACUUCUCGGGUCAUUUCUGUGAUAACAGGAAUCUAUCACUAUCCUCAGAUCAGUUAUGGAUCAAUGGACACCACUUUUACAGACCGCGUGCGUUUCCCAUUUCUCUACCGUACGGUGCCCAAUGAGCGCUACCAACACAUCGCCAUUGUCCAACUCCUGAAGCACUUUGGCUGGAUUUGGGUGGGAAUAGUCAUAUCAGAUGAUGAGAGUAGCCACCGGGGAAGCCAAGACCUGCUCAACUUGUUGGCCAGAAAUGGGAUCUGUGUGGAAUUUCUAUGGAUUUAUGGAACAGACGAACAUUUCAGUGACAUUGAAUCUCAGUUCAAGACGAUAAGACGCGUGAGAAAAUCAUCAGCAAAAGUGGUGAUAUUUUACUGCAACAAACAUAUCUUUGAUUAUUUUAUAGAGACCUACACCGCUCGGAAUUACCCCGAUAAGAUAUGGAUCAACCUAUCAAUGUCGUUUUAUUUUGUAGAUAAAACCAUGCGUUCGCUUGUUGGCAGAUUAAAGGGAACAUUAGCCUUCUCAGUGAGAAAAGGAGAAAUCCCUGGGCUCCGAGAUGCGCUACUCCAGUCUCCACAGAAUCACCCGCACAAUUCAGUGAUUGCCAUUCUCUGUUUCUCAUAUUUUGGUUGUUUUCCACCAACACAGCAUUUUGACUAUGGAAAUAAGAGAUGCCCUGAGAAUAUAACAUUGCGGCUGCUUCCCCAAAUGUUGUACGAUGUGGAGAAUUUCCGCAUUACUUACAGUAUUUAUAUGGCUACCUACCUGCUUGCACAAGCCUUGCACUCAGCCCUGGGGCACCUUGGGGGUCCCACCGCUAAUUCACAUCUCAGUGAUACCAUAAAGCCCUGGCAGCUGAAAAGAAAACUGAAAGGAGCUUAUUUUCUAUCCUCCUCUGGGGAGAAGAUUUCCUUUACCAGUGAAGGGGAUGUGCCCGGGGUGUUUGAUAUCACAAACUGGGUUGGAACCACGGGGGUAACGGGACCCACCCUGACUCCUGUCACAGUCGGACACUUCAACUCCUCUGCACCAGAAGGUCAACAGCUCCGCAUUAAUGACAGUGACAUUCACUGGAACCCGAGAGUUAUAAUGGAUAACUUCUCAUCAGCCCCUUCCUCAGUCUGCAGUGAGCGCUGUUCCCCUGGAUACAGGAAAGCCCUCCGACAAGGACACCCCAUCUGCUGCUAUGACUGUGUUCCAUGUGCAGAAGGACAGAUCUCCAACUCAACAGAUUCUGAUAACUGCAUCACCUGCCAUGAGAGUGAGUGGUCCAAUAAGAAGAAAGAUAUGUGCAUCCCAAGAACUGUAGACUUCCUGUCACAUGGGGACUAUCUGGGCUCUGGAUUGGUUUCUCUUUCAGUAGUGAGUGCUGUAGUGACCUGCUCAAUGUUGUGCAUCUUCUGUAUCCAUAACAACACUCCAGUAGUGAAGGCCAAUAACCGGGAGCUCAGUUACAUCUUACUGCUCUCCAUCUUCUUCUCUUUCCUUUGUGUCUUGUUAUUCAUUGGGCGACCUCAGAAAGUCACCUGCCUGCUCAGACAAGUUACAUUUGGGAUCAAUUUUACACUUUCUGUCUCUUGUGUCCUGGCUAAAACGGUCACAGUUGUCAUUGCCUUUAAUGCCACAAAGCCUGGAAGCAAGAUAAAGAAAUGGGUGGGAACCAGAGUGUCCAUCUGGCUGGUCCUUCUCUGCUCACUGGUCCAGGUUGGGAUAUGCCUGGUCUGGCUGAUCUCCUCCCCACCAUUCCCAGACUAUGACACUCACACUUACACUGGGAAGAUGAUAUUACAAUGUAAUGAAGGUUCUGUCACUGCAUUCUACACUGUGAUUGGUUACAUGGGAUUCCUGUCUGCAUUAAGUUUCAUUGUUGCUUUCCUGGUUAGGAAGUUACCAGACAGUUUCAAUGAGGCCCAGCUGAUCACUUUCAGUAUGCUGGUGUUCUGCAGUGUUUGGGUGUCCUUCAUCCCAGCGUACCUGAGCACCAAGGGCAAAUACACGGUGGCUGUGGAGAUCUUUGCUAUCCUGACUUCCAGUGCAGGGCUGCUGGGCUGUAUCUUCAUUCCCAAGUGCCACAUUAUCCUCUUCCACCCUGAGAAGAACACUCGGAGACACCUCAUUGGGAAACUGGGAUGAUGAGUAUGGGGAGGUUGUGCUGUGUCGUUCCCCUAAAUCAUUCUUGUUCUUAAAAUAUAUGAAUUUAAAAUGUUAGAGUUAAAUAGAGUUAGUUUAUUUAUAAUAUUUUCUUAUUUUGGAAUACAUUUACAUUACAUCAUCAGCUGAUUUACUUGCUUUCCAGCUACUCAUUUAUUUGGUACCACAUAGUCCAUAUAGGACUGGACCAUAUAGUCCUGAAUUGUGUUCUGCCCCUUCCUCUGAAAGACCCUCCGAGCCAAAACAAUUUGCAGCCCCCUGUGUCUGGUUCAAUGGAACACGGACAUUGAUGUUAGUGGCAUGAACUACUGUAACAUAAACAAAAUCAUGAAAUCUUUUUUUGUGC